UCCUCAGCUAGUGGAGAUGGGUAGGGGGCUAUGGAGUCGCAUUAGAGAAUGACUUAUAAGUGGAAACCAUGUAAUGUCUAAUUGAAUUACUUUGAUGAGGUUAGUGAGAACUUUUCAUUCGAUUUUUAUCCAAUAGUGUUUUCUGGAUUAUAUUGUUGCAAUGCAUUCUGGUUUUUCGCUGUUUACAGUGUGGGGCUAAAAAAAACACUUCGCUUCAACCAGUAAAAUUCCUCUUUGGCUACAGCCUAUGUCAAUGAGCGUUAGCAUUCUAGCUAACAACUGCUGCAUGCAAAAUAGUUAUUUUGCAAAGAUCACAACCAAAUAUAAUCAUAGCAGUGUUCAAGCAAGAAUCAAAACAUCAUUGUAAGGUAUGAGAAUCCCCAAAAUAUAUUUUGUUUAGAAGUAAUAAAAACGUAAAUGUAGGCUUUGUUGAAUGUGCGCAGAUGGUGAUGGCUUUCUGACUGCAGCCAAGAGUCGCGCGCAACGGUGAGUGACGUCAUGGUGUCGUGUACUGGAAAGGAGUCUAUUUCAUUUGAAUGACGUCAGAGCUUUUAUUUAUAGUUUUAAAAAACAUGCAAACGCUUUUUGUUGUCGGCUGCCUGCUGAUGUAGCCUAGUGCGUGUCACUGAACAACUGUGUAGCGCAGAGAAAGGGAGAGAGAGAGACAAACAGAGACAGAGAGAGAGAGAGAGAGGCUAUUCACCUCCAACCGGCACAAUGCAUUAUCUAAGCAGGUUGUACGGCGCAUUCUAAACAGAUAGCGGCGCAGAGUGUUCUGAGUCUACAACCACGGAGAAACAAACAUCACAACAACCGGACCGUCUUGAGUAACGGAAGGGGAAGGUAGCCUUUUUAGCAGCCUACCGCUACGCAUGUUGACGCUAGCUACACUCUGUAACAACCCCCUGUUUUCUCUCGCUCUGUCCGUCUUUAUCCAGGACUGCGAAGGACCAACGGGAAAGUUAAAAAAAAGUAUUCGUUGAGAUAGUCACAUGACCUACAGAAUUUACAAGCUGUCAGUACCGGCUCACGGAAUUGAAAAGCUUUCCGGCCGGCGUCGCAGCUACUUGAAAAGAAUUGGGUAAUAACGGAAUAUCUUCAUACUGGCAAACAAAAACAAAUGGCAGAAUAGAUGAACACGAAUUUACACGAACACGGCUCCAUUCAUGUGUGAACUAUUUUCCCUUUAGGUAAGACAAACCUGAAUAUUUGAACGAACGUGAGUGACCUUGUUUCAAGGGCUAGAGUUACUGCAACAUCCUGUUUCUCUCUACAUUCUCCGGGGGAUUUAUUUGGCACCAAUCGGCGACUUUGAUGAAUUAAACCGGGACGAGAACUCUGGAGUAAAGACCGUGAAUAAUAAAUAGUGCGCUCAACCGUGCGAAGUUCUUCUGAUAGCCCCGCCUACCCCAGCAUGACCCACAUUACCUAGUUUCGGAGGGAUAACAUUUCGAGUACGGGUACCUGUCUUUUGGCUUUGACAGAUAACAAUUGACUUUAAACUCCAUUGAACCUUGAAGGACGUGAAGUACCUGUCACUCAGUUUGCCAUUGAAUAACGGAAACGAUGCGUUAUUAUAAAGGCUGCGUAAAUGUGUAUUAGGCAAUGAUAGCCUAUAUCAAGGUUUUGAUUGCUGGAUGUGUCUAAAUCUUUUGGACUUACCUGGGGGUCAAGAAACAACUGAGAGGAGACAUUAUUAUCAUGAGCGUUUCCCUCUGAAGCACUGGAUUAAGGGAAUUUCCUGUAUAACACCUGUCUUUUUUUUUCUUUUUACAUGCGGGAAGAAUAAUUCUACUGACUCAGGGAAUUUCAUGCUCAUGAAAACCAUUUUCAUUAAUGGUGCUAUAAGGAUUACACUUUAUGAAACUUGCAUUUGGUUUUGAUACUGUUAUUGAGAUCAAAGGUUUGCAUGAGAAGGGAAUUUUUGACAAUGAAAAAGGGAGAAAGGAAUUGACAGGAAAUCAUCGGGGAUUAUGACAUCAGAUGCUGUCUGUCAAUAAUCAAGAGGACCAUGCUGUGAUUGACAGCUAGAUCAAUAAAAGCCAGCCAAGAGGAUCUGAGGGCAUUUUUAUGGCAAUGACGACAAAAGAACAAGUGCUUUUAAGGACAGAGCAAGUAGAGCGUGUUCAACCCCUCAACAGAGAUUUAUUGGAGCCAACCAAUCAUCAAACAGUCCGUCCUUCUCCUCAUCCAAUCAUGUUCUUGAAUUGCGGCCAAUUGCUGCCACCCCUGCUGCGGCACGCGGAUGUCCCAGCCCGCAUCACGGAGAGCUUCAUCCUGUCCGGUUACCGCUUCCCCAACUAUAGCCUCGCCCAAUGCCUGCUCUCGGCCUUCCGGCCCACCAAUGAGACCGGCAACUUCUGGACCCAUUUCCUGCCAGUCUUCAUCUUUGCCUUCUACUUCCUGGAGCCGUUCGGUUUGGAGGGCGCUCCGCCCACCGGCGACCCUUUCUUCUACCCGCUGUGGAACUACUUCACGGGGGUGUUGUGCCUGUUGAUGGCUAGCAGUAUGGCUCAUCUCCUCAACUCCAUGUCUCUGGUCAUAAGGGAGGUGUGCUUUUUCGUGGAUUAUGGAACCAUCAGUGCUUACACCGUCGGGUCUUCUUUGGCCUACUACUACUAUAUCCACCCCAGGGCGGGGAUCCUGGAAUUGGGGAUUGGGAGACACAACAACACCCACCAGGACACUUCUUCGUCAUCGUCAUCAUCGUUGUCCUCGGCCAUGCCAGAGUUCAGCGUGUUUUUCGAGACUUUAUACAUCCCCAGCUCCUGCCUGGUGGCCAUCAUCUGUGUCUUGGCCUGCUGCAACACCCGCCAGCGCUGGAGGACCUACCGCUAUAUCAUACGUACCCUAGUCUUCCUCCUGCCCUUCCUCGUGGCCUCCACGCCCAUCUUCUACCGCCUCCUCCACUCCUCCCCUUACCUCCCAACCUCCUCCUCCUUCUCCUCCUCCGCCUCCAUGGCUCAGUUCUUCUGUCGACACUGCUUCUGGCUGGUGGUGUCAGCCCUGUUCAACAUUAGCAAGAUCCCCGAGCGACUGUCACCCGGUCGGUUUGAUAUCUGGGGUCAUAGUCACCAGUGGUUCCAUGUCUGCACCUUCUUGUCCAUCCUCGAUGAACUUCAUAUGAUCAACGGGGAGGUGAGGGCCAUACUCCUUCAGCCAGUCCUGGUGGUCCCCCCAGCCACCCCUCCACACCUCCCCGGCCCCACCUUAGCCUCCACCUACGGGGUGAUGCUGGUCCUCCAGGCCUCCAUCGCCUCCAUCAUCGCCUGGUUCUCCUGGUGCGCCAACAGCAUCUACAAACCCCAGGGAGACCAGUUGGAGAAAGAGUUCCUCACUAAAAGACAUCUGAAGUGUCACUGAUAUUGGGGUCUGAUUUGAUGAAGACCUCUGACUUUAAUUUCAAGACGAAGGCCAGUCAUUUAGUAGAUUUAUUGACUUCAUGUAUUUCAUCACUUGAACAAUGCAGCACAUAUCGUUUAUGGAGGUUCGAGAGGUUACCACUCACGUAAUAUAAAAAAAAGUAGCAUGUUUUCAUGUAUUGUUUUCAUUUGUAGUCACUCUGUAACAUUCACUAGUUCUGUAGCCUACUUUGUCUUUACCUUCACCCAGUGGUUUCCCCCUUUCCCUUUUCAUUGGACUAUGUGGGUAACUUUAGCUUUGAAAGGGUAAGUGGCUGUCAGCUAAUAUUCAAGGGGUUUUGUUUUUAAAGUUCACCAUGGGGGUGCAAUUUGGUCCACUGGAUUAGGAACAGUAUUUUGUGGGGUUGGAACACCUUGGCGGUUCAGUUAUGUCCCCUGGGAUUCAGUCAUGUCCCCUGGGGUUCAGUCAUGUCCCCUGGGAUUCAGUCAUGUCCCCUGGGGUUCAGUCAUGUCCCCUGGGAUUCAGUUAUUUCCCCUGGCGUUCAGUUAUUUCCCCUGGGGUUCAGUUAUUUCCCCUGGGGUUCAGUUAUUUCCCCUGGGGUUCAGUCGUGUCCCCUGGGGUUCAGUCGUGUCCCCUGGGGUUCAGUCAUGUCCCCCUGGGGUUCAGUUAUUUCCCCUGGGGUUCAGUCAUGUCCCCCUGGGGUUCAGUCAUGUCCCCUGGGGUUCCAGGACUCACAUUCUGUUCUAGAACAAGAUGAUAAUUCUAUUCCUUAAGGGGGUUUUAAGGUAGAGGACAUUGGAAAGGUGUUGUUACCCUCUGAGAACUAAGAUACAUAGGAUCAACAUGUUAGCAAUGCCCUUUAAAUGUCACAGUGAGAUUUAACGAAGCGUUUGCUGCCAUGCUGUCUUUUAACGCUUCCUCGAUUAGUCUCCUUCAACCUUCCUCCACCUCCCCUACCGCCUCUGACUGAUAAUACCUCUUCAUAUCUCUCUCUCUCUUUAUCUCUCUCACUCGAUUAGUCUCCUUCAACCUUCCUCCACUUCCCCUACCGCCUCUGACUGAUAAUACCUCUUCGUAUCUCUCUCUCUCUCUCUCUCUCUUUAUCUCUCUCACUCGAUUAGUCUCCUUCAACCUUCCUCCACUUCCCCUACCGCCUCUGACUGAUAAUAUCUCUUCAUAUCUCUCUCUCUCUCUCUCUCGAUUAGUCUCCUUCAACCUUCCUCCACCUCCCCUACCGCCUCUGACUGAUAAUACCUCUUCAUAUCUCUCUCUCUCUCUCUCUCUCUCUCUCUCUCUCUCUCUCUCUCUCUCUCUCUCUCUCUCUCGAUUAGUCUCCUUCAACCUUCCUCCACUUCCCCUACCGCCUCUGACUGAUAAUACCUCUUCAUAUCUCUCUCUCUCUCUCUCUCUCUCUCUCUCUCUCGAUUAGUCUCCUUCAACCUUCCUCCACUUCCCCUACCGCCUCUGACUGAUAAUACCUCUUCAUAACUCUCUCUCUCUUUAUCUCUCUCACUCGAUUAGUCUCCUUCAACCUUCCUCCACUUCCCCUACCGCCUCUGACUGAUAAUACCUCUUCAUAUCUCUCUCUCUCUUUAUCUCUCUCACUCGAUUAGUCUCCUUCAACCUUCCUCCACCUCCCCUACCGCCUCUGACUGAUAAUACCUCUUCAUAUCUCUCUCUCUCUUUAUCUCUCUCACUCGAUUAGUCUCCUUCAACCUUCCUCCACCUCCCCUACCGCCUCUGACUGAUAAUACCUCUUCAUAUCUCUCUCUCUCUUUAUCUCUCUCACUCGAUUAGUCUCCUUCAACCUUCCUCCACUUCCCCUACCGCCUCUGACUGAUAAUACCUCUUCAUAUCUCUCUCUCUCUUUAUCUCUCUCACUCGAUUAGUCUCCUUCAACCUUCCUCCACUUCCCCUACCGCCUCUGACUGAUAAUAUCUCUUCAUAUCUCUCUCUCUCUCUCUCUCUCUCUCGAUUAGUCUCCUUCAACCUUCCUCCACUUCCCCUACCGCCUCUGACUGAUAAUACCUCUUCAUAUCUCUCUCUCUCUCUCUUUAUCUUUCUCUCUCUUUAUCUCUCUCUCUCUUUAUCUCUCUCACUCGAUUAGUCUCCUUCAACCUUCCUCCACUUCCCCUACCGCCUCUGACUGAUAAUAUCUCUUCAUAUCUCUCUUUCUCUCUCUCUCUCUCUCUCUCUCUCUCUCUCUCGAUUAGUCUCCUUCAACCUUCCUCCACUUCCCCUACCGCCUCUGACUGAUAAUACCUCUUCAUAUCUCUCUCUCUCUCUCUCACUCUCUCUCUCACUCUCUCUCUCUCUCUCGCUUUAUCUCACUCACUCUCUCUCUCUAUUUAUCUCACUCUCAAAUUCUCUCUCUCUCUCUCUAUAUAUAUAUAUAUCUCACACACUCGCAAAUUCAUUUUCCUUCAUGUUAUACUGAAUCUCGCUCUUCAUACUUUCUUGAUACCUUCUCAAAACUCUCUGUCAUGCCACACACAGUUUAAUUUCCGAGCGCUUUCUCACAAGUCGACUUUGCUCCCGAGUGGCGCAGCGGUCUAAGGCACUGCAGCUCAGUGCUAGCGGCGUCACUAGAGACCCUGGUUCGACCCCGGGCUGUAUCACAACCGGCCGUGAUCGGGAUUCCCAUAGGGCGGAGCCAAAUUGGCCCAGCUUCGUCCGGGUUAGGGGAGGGUUUGACCGGGGUAGGCCGUCAUUGUAAAAUAAGAAUUUGUUCUUAACUGACUUGCCUAGUUUAAUAAAGGUUAAAUAAAAAAAAACAGGAAGUGGGGUAGCUUUUCCGACAACAGAAAUAGACCAAGACCUCACUCAGUCUUGCAUUAUUGCACUCUGAGGGGUUGAGCCCAACUUCAUAUGCACUUUCUGAAGCCACAUCUUCAAAAGGACUUUUACGUACAGAAUAUUUCAAAAAUGUUUGACGACAAAUUGUUGAUCUAACGUACUAGACCACAGAUUUUUUGUAUUGCUAUCAAUAUCAAUGGUCAACUUCAUACUAUAGCUGCAUGUACUGUACACUGAUUGCACUGAAAAAGUUGCCGUACUUUAUUUAUGGUAAAGAAACACGGGCCUGAAACAGCCAGUGAUGGAACUUUAUUUUUUACCUGCAGUAAUAUCUAUACGUCUGAAGCCGUAGUGAGGAUACAUUGUAUAAACCACAGGUGGUUGGUGGCACCUUAAUUGGGGAGGACAGGCUCGUGGUAAUGACUGGAGUGGAAUCAGUGGAAUCAUAUCAGCAACGUCAAAACACAUGGUUUCCAUGGUUUCCAUGUGUUUUAUGCCGUUCCAUUUGCUCCGUUCCGGACUUUAUUAUGAGCCGUCCCCCACUCAGCAGCCUCCUGUGGUAUAAACUCUUAUCAGCAGAUCAUUGAUGAUGUGUUCGCCUGCUCAGACGUUGCUGACAGAUCUUACAACGUCUUGAUAGGAAUUUUACCUUAUCAUGUGUUAUAGCAAUCUGGGGCCUGACGGCACAAUCGAUGACGUGGCAUGCAACCACUGGUUGAUGCAUGCAAUGUCUGAGCAGGGUAACAUAAUCUGAAUGUUGACAAUGUGGACGAUUGGAUGAGACCACCAGAAAGAAACACUCUGGUUAGAUUUGCAUUCAACCAAUCAGGUCACUUUGAGGAAGUUGUUGACCAAUGAGACCCCUGAAGGAUGAUUGUUUAUUUGUCUCUCAACCAAUCAUGCAAAUAUUUGCAUGAAAUAGUCUCCUCUUAUGUAGAUAAUUAGCAGUAGCAUGUUUAAAUACUCCUUCUGAAUGUUCAUUUCCUGGAAUGUAAGAGAGACAACAAGACAUGCUUCUAUUUUAGACAUACAGUAGAUUAGCUAGCAUAAACAAUGAUGUUAUAAUUGCUAUGCUCUGGACAUUCUCAUGUCUCCUCCCCCAUAUCUCUGCUCUCCUCUCUCUUCCUGGUUAUAGAUUCUACUGCUGUCUGUCUCUUCCUGGUUAUAGAUUCUACUGCUGUCUGUCUCUUCCUGGUUAUAGAUUCUACUGCUGUCUGUCUCUUCCUGGUUAUAGAUUCUACUGCUGUCUGUCUCUUCCUGGUUAUAGAUUCUACUGCUGUCUGUCUCUUCCUGGUUAUAGAUUCUACUGCUGUCUGUCUCUUCCUGGUCAUAGAUUCUACUGCUGUCUGUCUCUUCCUGGUUAUAGAUUCUACUGCUGUCUGUCUCUUCCUGGUUAUAGAUUCUACUGCUGUCUGUCUCUUCCUGGUUAUAGAUUCUACUGCUGUCUGUCUCUUCCUGGUUAUAGAUUCUACUGCUGUCUGUCUCUUCCUGGUUAUAGAUUCUACUGCUGUCUAUCUCUUCUUGGUUAUAGAUUCUACUGCUGUCUGUCUCUUCCUGGUUAUAGAUUCUACUGCUGUCUAUCUCUUCCUGGUUAUAGAUUCUACUGCUGUCUGUCUCUUCCUGGUUAUAGAUUCUACUGCUGUCUGUCUCUUCCUGGUUAUAGAUUCUACUGCUGUCUGUCUCUUCCUGGUUAUAGAUUCUACUGCUAUCUGUUUUUAGUUCUGUCUUCGUUUGAAGAAUUAUGCCGUCAGUUAUUGAGAAAAGAAAGAGAAAGCAUGUCUUGUGUUUAAAAUGUAGGAGUCUGAUCUGAUUAAUUUCUAUCAUGGCAAGCCGUAGAUAUACAUAACAGAGUUUUGCAAACUAUCCUCCAUUUUAGCUCCAAAUUUCCAAUCCCAAUCUCUAUGGAUAACUCUAUUUAUGGGGUAAAUCUUUGACUCUUUUGGUUCUGCCCUCUCCCAUGCCCUGAGUUUAUUUGCACAGUGACGGUGGACCAGGCCAGUCCUGUCUUAGAGAUGAAGUGCAGUGAUGAAGUGCAGCUUUAGCUCACUUUAGUCAACUGCUUUGUUGACUCAAACAGACACCUGUAUAGUAUCUAGGCUUUAACAUAUUAUAUUAGGCCACUAUGUCAGUCAGGAUUUGGAUUAAUAUGUGUACGAUGCUUGAUAGAGAGGUCUACUUUCUGGGGGACCUGAACAUUGCUGGUUAUCAUCUAGCUGUCCUCUCAACUGUGACUAAUGCCUGUCAUACCAAUAUUGUUGGAUCUGUGACAUCCACUUGUAUUGAUCAUGUCGUCACUAACGCUACAGAACUUUGCACCAAAACAACAUCAUUUCCCAUUGGCUGUCGUGACCGUGACAUUGUGGCAAUAACGAGGAAAGUCAAAGUGCCAAAAAAGGUUGGGCCUAAACUAAUUUAUAAGAGAUCAUACAACAUGUUUUCCAAGGACUCUUCUGUUGAAGCUGUAUAACAUGUAUGUUGGUCUGUUGUGUAUGAGGAAGUGAAUCCAGAUGCUGCACUGGAAGUAUUUGUAAAAAUAUUCCUUCCAGUUGUUGACCAGCACCUGUUAAGAAUCUACCUGUAAGAACUGUUAGGCCCCUGGAUUGAUGAUGAAUUUAAUAAUUCUUUGGUUCGAAGACACGAUACAAAAGACGUGAGAUACAAGUCAGGUUGCUCAGCUGAUUGGUUGACAUACAAGUCAGGUUGCUCAGCUGAUUGGUUGACAUACAAGUCCGGUUGCUCAGCUGAUUGGUUGACAUACAAGUCAGGUUGCUCAGCUGAUUGGUUGACAUACAAGUCAGGUUGCUCAGCUGAUUGGUUGAUAUACAAGUCAGGUUACUCAGCUGAUUGGUUGACAUACAAGUCCGGUUGCUCAGCUGAUUGGUUGACAUACAAGUCAGGUUGCUCAGCUGAUUGGUUGACAUACAAGUCAGGUUGCUCAGCUGAUUGGUUGACAUACAAGUCAGGUUGCUCAGCUGAUUGGUUGACAUACAAGUCUGGUUGCUCAGCUGAUUGGUUGACAUACAAGUCAGGUUGCUCAGCUGAUUGGUUGACAUACAAGUCAGGUUGCUCAGCUGAUUGGUUGACAUACAAGUCCGGUUGCUCAGCUGAUUGGUUGACAUACAAGUCAGGUUGCUCAGCUGAUUGGUUGACAUGCAAGUCAGGUUGCUCAGCUGAUUGGUUGACAUACAAGUCCGGUUGCUCAGCUGAUUGGUUGACAUACAAGUCAGGUUGCUCAGCUGAUUGGUUGACAUACAAGUCAGGUUGCUCAGCUGAUUGGUUGACAUACAAGUCAGGUUGCUCAGCUGAUUGGUUGACAUACAAGUCAGGUUGCUCAGCUGAUUGGUUGACAUUCUGUAACUUGAGACAUUUUGUGACUAAACUUAACAAAAAUAUGAUUUCUUUUUUAUUACCAAACCAAGAUAAAUGACUUAAAACACAUUGGAAAAGGCUUUGGAGUACCUUAAAUGAUAUCAUGGGUAGAAAACCCAAAUUCAUCUCCAUCGAUCAUUGAAGUUUAUGGAUAAUUUAUAACAAAACCUUUCGAUAAUAGCCAAUCAUUUCAAUUACUAUUUCACUAGUAAAGUGGAAAAACUCAGAAGUGAAAUUACCACAUUGAACAAGUGAACCAUCAUAUUGUUAUAUAAAAUAUCUAAUAAUGAAAAAUAAGGAUUGCUGUUUUGGAUUUGGUCAAGUUAGUGCUGGAGAGGUGGGAAAAUGAUUGUUAUCUAUCAAUAAUGAUAAGCCUACAGGUAGAGACAGCCUAGAUGGGAAACUAUUGAGAAUGGUAGCAGACUGUAUUACCACCUCUAUUUGCUAUAUCUUUAACCAAAUCCUAAAGGAGGGUGUGUCCACAGGUGUUGAAGGAAGUUAAACAAAUUCCACUGCCUAAAAAUAGUAAGGCACCCUUUGCUGGCUCUAACAGCCGCCCAAUCAGUUUGUUGCCUGUUCUUAGUAAACUGAUGGAGAAAUAUGUGUUUGACCAAAUACAAUGCCAUUUAUCAGAGAACAAGUUAACUCCUGACAUUCAGCAUGCAUAUAGAGAAGGGCACUCAACUUGUACUGCACUGUCUCAGAUGACUGAUGAUUGGCUAAAAUACAUGGAUACUAAGAUAAUAGUUGGAGCUGAAUUGUUAGAUUUCAUUGCAGCCUUUGAUGUUAUUGAAGAAACUCACUUGCUAUGGCUUUACAUCACCUGCCAUUGGAUUGGGUUGGAAUGUUAUUUAUCCAAUAGAACCCAGAGAGUGUUCUUCAAUGGAAGCUUCUCUAACAUCAGAUAUGUACAGUGCGGUGUCCCUCAGGGGAGUUGACUUGGGCCUUUACUCUUCUCUGUUAUUACAAAUGAUUUGCCACUUGUCUUACAAAAAGCUAGAAUGACUAAUGCGGAUGAUUCCACACUGUACAUGUCAGCACCCAAAGCCAGUGAGCUCACUGACAUUCUAGUUACAGUUAGAAUCAGAAUGGGUGAUUAAUAAUGAACAGGUUUUUAAUAUAUAUAAAACUAAAAGCAUUGUGUUUGGUUCAAAACAUUCUCUAAGACCUAAACCUAAACUGGAGUUGUACAUUAAGGGUGUGGAAGACGUGGAUGUCGAUUAAGGUCAGCCCCCCCUCACCUCUCUGAUUCAGAGGGGUUGGGUAAAAUGCGGAAGACACAUUUCAUUUUAUCCCCCCUUUUCCCCAUUGAGCCUGUUGAAGCUAAACUCCUAGGUAUAAUAACAUCGGAUGGUCAAUUAUCAUGGUCAAGUCAUAUUGACAGAGUUGUUGUGAAGAUGGGGAGGGGGCGUGUCUUUUAUAAAAAAACAUGUUCUACGUUUUUGACACAAAGAUCAACUGUACUAGUUGUUCAGGCUCAGAUUUUGUCCGAUCUUGAUAACCGUCCACUAAUGUGGUCAAGUGUAUCAAAGAAAGACCUAGCAAAGCUGCAGCUCAAAACGGAGCACCUUUAAAGGCCCAUGUACAACUAACGUCAACAACAUCAACUAACAUCAACUUUCCUGGUUGAGGAUUGACGAGAGAUUAGCUACUUUUCUUCCAGUUUUUAUGAGAGAAAAAAUUACUUUGAUGAAAAUUGCAGAUUGUCUGCAUCAUCAAAUAACAUUCUGCUCAGACACCCGUACAUACCCCACAAGACAUGCCACCAGGGGUCUCUUCAGACACCCGUACAUACCCCACAAGACAUGCCACCAGAGGUCUCUUCACAGUCCCAAAGUCCAACAGGAAUUCACGGCAACUCACAGUAUUAUUAUACAGAGCCAUGAUCACAUAGAAGUCCCUUGCAUCUCCUGUUAGUCAGCAAAGAGCAGAACGACCUUUAAACACUGAUUAAACAACAACUCAUAGAACAGACUGUGAGGACACAGACACACACACCCACACUCUAAUACACAGACACACUAUAACACACACACACUAACACACACGAACACUCUAACACACACACACACACACACACACACACACUCUAACACACACAGUAACACACACACUCUAACACACACACACACACACACACACUUACACACACACUCUAACACACACACACACUAACACACACAUACACACACUCUAACACACACACACUCUAACACACACACAGACAUACUACAUGUAUUUACAUGUGUCUCGAUGCACUGAAUUGCACAAGCUUGUGAGAGGUAGCUUUUUGAGAACCAGACUUUUUUUUAAGGAAGGUUCUUUUGCUUCUUAUGGUCCACAAAAAAAGCUACAUCUCAACAUAACAUUGCUGUAAUGUAAAGGUUGGCGUAACAUUGCUGUAGUGUAAAGGUGGGCGUAACAUUGCUGUAAUGUAAAGGUUGGCGUAACAUUGCUGUAAUGUAAAGGUUGGCGUAACAUUGCUGUAAUGUAAAGGUUGGCGUAACAUUGCUGUAAUGUAAAGGUUGGCGUAACAUUGCUGUAAUGUAAAGGUUGGCGUAACAUUGCUGUAAUGUAAAGGUUGGCGUAACAUUGCUGUAAUGUAAAGGUUGGCGUAACAUUGCUGUAAUGUAAAGGUUGGCGUAACAUUGCUGUAAUGUAAAGGUGGGCGUAACAUUGCUGUAAUGUAAAGGUUGGCGUAACAUUGCUGUAAUGUAAAGGUUGGCGUAACAUUGCUGUAAUGUAAAGGUUGGCGUAACAUUGCUGUAGUGUAAAGGUGGGCGUAACAUUGCUGUAAUGUAAAGGUGGGCGUAACAUUGCUGUAGUGUAAAGGUUGGCGUAACAUUGCUGUAAUGUAAAGGUUGGCGUAACAUUGCUGUAAUGUAAAGGUUGGCGUAACAUUGCUGUAAUGUAAAGGUUGGCGUAACAUUGCUGUAAUGUAAAGGUUGGCGUAACAUUGUAGCACUGUACCAUUCUGCAACGUUUAGGCAACACUUGCUUACAGGAAGUCGACCUUGAAAGCCCUACACAGCUCUUUGUAGGUCGGCUAUCUGCCAAACUUGAAAGAAUUAUGCAUUACUACAAACGUUGAGGAACUAAUCUUUCCAUAACUUAAAUGUAACAUUUCAAUAGUUCUGCUGCACUGUGAAUGGAAACGCUGACACAACGUUAGGCUCUUUAUCCUGUCUGUGUAGGCAGGAGAUGCCAGACAUAAAGUUAUCAGAUGUAAUGCAAAGCCACUGUGGAUGUCAGACUGUACAAACAAGGCUACUUUACCUAUACCAGGAGUCGGCAACAGACGGACCCGCGGGCCAAAACUGGUCGAAAAAGACUGUAAAAUCACCAGAAAUUCAGCCCCCAAAAAUGUGCAUAAUUUUUUAAAUUUGAUCCCAAGUAUUCCCACGAAUAAAUAAAGAGGCAUAUGUAAUGGUGCCUCGGUAUAAUCAAGGUUUGAAAUGAUUGUAUUUGAAAAUACAAUCUCUUUUUGAGCUUGCAGUGUACAAAUGAUUAGAAUUAUGUUCUGGCCCCCGGACCACAAAACUUGUCUUGUGGCUGAAUCUAGUUGCCAACCCCUGACGUACAGUAUGGCUUUCAGGGGUAAAUGCUGAUUCUGAUAAAUGCAUUUUAAAUAGUAUAAAUAUAUAUAUUAAUGACGAUUAGCAGAUCACAUUGAUUUCAUCCUAAUUAUAAUCAUUUUUAAUUUGAAAAGGGUCAUUUUUCUGUCUUUUGUGCAAUAAUAUUAUUGUGUGUAGAGAGAGCGAGUCCUAAUAUUGAGAUGUACAGUUGAAUUAAUUGAAUGAACUGAAUAUAAAAUAAUAAAAUGUAGACACGUUA